ACAUGUUUUCCAGAUGAAGUUCGGACCGGUAUCGAUUCCAGUUCUCCUAUUUGAGCUUUUUUUUCUAGAUCCGCAGCAGCGGUCCCGGUCAUUCUCUGAGUCCGAACCUGCUCCGUGUCUCUGAACGGAACCACCGGACCGGUUCGGAACAGCAGCAACAGAACAGGGUGUCCCGCAGAGGCUGCUGGGAACUCAGGUGUGUCCAGAAGGCUCCGCCCCCUGCUGCUCUCUGCGGUCAGGUACUUUCUGUCAGGUUCCGAACCCAGUUUCUGAACCCCACCGAACAGAACCGACUCUCUGGGUCAGAACUGUGAAGUUCUGGUGGUUCCGAGGGUCUCCCCCCUUUCAGCGCCGCCGCCGCUAUUUGAGCGGCAGAACUGACGAACUUCAGCAAAGUUUGACGAAAGAACCGGGCCGUCAGAACCGGAACCGAGGGGCGAUGGACCCACUGUAUUCUGGACAGAAGUUCAGUCCAACUCGGGACUUGGAUGUCGGCGAACUGUUCCUGCAGGCGUCGGACUCGAGGGACGUGGAGAAGAAGCCGGGACGCAGACGGAGGCUGUGGGCCGGACUCGGCCUGCUGGUCGCCGCCGGCGCCUUGGCUCUGCUGACCGGACUGCUGGUGUGGCACUUCCACCUCCGCCAAGACGUCCGAGUGACGAAGCUCUACGUCGGCUCCGUGGGAAUCGGCGGCCGCUCCUUCCGGGCCGACCUGGAGGAACCCGCCAGCGACGGCUUCAGCAGCCUGGCCCAGAAGGUCAGGGCGCAGCUCCAGCAGAUCUACAGCCAGAACUCGGUGCUGGCCAAGUUCUACAAAGACUCCACGGUGCAGGCCUUCAGUGAAGGGGACAGCCAGCUGGACGGCAUGGUGGCGUACUACGAGUCCGAGUUUGAGCUGCCGGUCGUCCAACUGUCCUCCCUGGACAAAGCCAUGGCGGCUCUGGAGGCGACAGGAAGUCAGCGUGGACGGCUGCUGAGAACCAACGCGGCGUUGAUCAGGGGCGUCUCAUUGGGAGCUCUGGACCCCCGGCUGACCAGGACCAACAUGUCUGAGAAGGCUCCGAUCAGCGUCCACGUGAGGAAGAACGGCCACAUCGAUUCUCCCGGGUUCCCCGACGCCCCCUACGGGCCCAACACGGCCCAGAAGUGGCAGCUCCGGGCCGACCCGGGUCACCGGGUCCGCUUGGACUUCCACACCCUGAUCCUGGAGGACGACUGUGAGCAGGACUUCAUCCAGAUCUACGACUCGCUGGCUCCCAUCCGGCCCCGCCUCCUCACUGAGCAGUGCGGAUACCCGCGGGGCUCCCUGUCCUUCGUGUCGUCUGGGAACGUCAUGCUGCUGCUGCUGGUCACCAGUCAGGACAAGAACUUCCCCGGAUUCAGAGUCUUGUACUCCCAGGUUCCUGCAGCCGGUGGAGAUUGCGGCGGAACGCUGAGCGGAGAACGAGGUUCUUUCUCCUCGCCGUUUUUCCCGGCCAACUAUCCUCCCAGAGCGGACUGCAGCUGGACCGUCCAGGUUCCUGAGGGAAGGUUUGUGAAGGUCCAGUUCCAGACGUUUUCUGUGGGGAAGGACGGAUCGCCGUGUCUCCAUGACUACGUGACGAUUGACGAGGAAAGGUUGUGUGGCAGCCAAUCAGAAUCCUCCGUGUUCAUCAGCCAGAGCAACAAGAUGAGAGUCAGCUUCAGGUCGGACCGGGGGCUCGUCUACCCGGGUUUUAGCGCCCAGUACCAGGCCUACGACCCGCUGCAGCUGCCCUGCUCCGACUUCACCUUCCACUGCCGCAGCGGCCGCUGCAUCAGCAAGCUGAACCCAGAGUGUGACGACACGCCGGACUGCGAGGACGGCUCGGACGAGGACGACUGUGACUGCGGCAGGCCGCCGUACCACAGCCUCCGCAUCGUGGGCGGUCAGGCGUCCAGGGAGGGGGAGUGGCCCUGGCAGGUGAGCCUCCACUUCAGAGGAAAAGGACACACCUGUGGAGCCUCGGUGCUGAGCCGCCGCUGGCUGCUGACCGCCGCCCACUGCGUCCAGGACGAGUAUGCCACGGUGGACCGAUGGGAGGCCUGGCUGGGGCUGCAUGCGCAGGGCCAGAGCAACCAGUGGACGGUGCAGCGGAAGGUGAAGCGGAUCGUGGUCCACCCGCACUACAAUCGGGUCAGCCUGGACAGCGACAUCGCCCUGAUGGAGCUGGAACCGGACCUGGUUCUGAACCAGAACAUCUGGCCCGUCUGCCUGCCGUCUGCCACACACCAUUUCCCGGCCGGCCAGGAGGCCUGGAUCACCGGCUGGGGCGCCACUGUGGAGGGAGGUGCCGGUACCAGUGUUCUGCAGAAAGCCCGGGUCCGGAUCAUCAACAGCACCGUGUGUCGGACUCUGCUGCGGGACCUGCUCAGCGACCGGAUGCUGUGCGCCGGGGUGCUGGGCGGAGGAGUGGACGCAUGUCAGGGCGACUCGGGCGGGCCGCUGGCCGUCACCGACCCCAGUGGGCGGGUCUUUGUGGCGGGUGUGGUCAGCUGGGGCGAAGGCUGCGGCCUCAGGAACAAACCCGGCGUCUACACCCGGGUCACCCGGUUCCGGCGCUGGAUCAGGGACCGGACGGGAGUCUGAGCAGAAUCCGUCUGUGGUCGGCAUGGUUACAGAUCAGCUGCUUCACGAGCCAAACUGCAAAACUCCCCGCUGCUGUUCUCCGACUCGCCAAAAUAAAAUCACUCUCUUGUUUCCCAAACUUUCUUCCUAAUCCUGAGCUUCCACUGGUGGAACAUCUACUCAGAAAAAACUGAGGAAGUGACAUCAUGAUCAGGGAAUAAAACCCGUCACUAAAUAAAAAUUUGAGCAUUUCUUUUCUGUCCGCUUAUCAGGAGACAUUUGACUCCAUAACUAGGAAUCCGUCCACUGGUUGACGGUGGAUCAGGUUCCUCACAGCCUUCCUGCUUCGCUGCCUCCUUUAUCCAGAGAAACUGAAGGUUUCAUAAAGUUUAUUUUAUGUAAACAUAUCAUUCCAUAUUUAUUAUGCCAUUCUCUGACCACUAGGUGGUGACAAAGUGCUUCCCUGGUUGGUGUAGAAUCUGCAUCAUCAGGGUUUGGUGGCACUGGACCCCAUCUGGGCGGCGUGGUGCCUUCAGGUGAAUUAAUAGCUGAUCAGAUCAGAUUUUAGGAGCUGGUUUUCUCUCAAAGCAUCAGGUCUUUCUGUUCUACUCUGAGGCGUUUACUGUUGGGUUUUUACAGCUGUUGUAUUUUCUUUGUGAUUUUUGUACUUUCUAAAAACAUUUCUCAGUCUCUUCUGCCCUCAAUGAUUACAGAUAAAAUGCUUUGCUGGGAGUUUCUGAUUAAACUCCAAGUUGAAACCUC